GGGGGCAUAAGACGGAAGAGCAGCCCGGCGGGUUGGCACGAGCGCCCGCAUCCUCCUUCAGCGCAAACCGCGGGCAAAGCUCGCUCGUCUCUUUGCGCACGUUUCCUGCCCGCGGGGGUCGGGUUGUGCUUCGGGUUGUCUUUAAGAAACCUUUAUACGUUCUUUUUUGGAAAGUUUGCGAAUCGUGGUGGGGGGGCGAGUUACCGCCGAGUUGAUCGCAUUUUCCCAGCGGACGGCGGUGCCUUCUUUCCGGGUAGAGAAAUGGUUGGCAGGUUGAACCUGCAGCCCAAUGCGUGUGAAGGAGACCCGCUGGAUAUGAGCUGCAGGGCGGAGAGAGGACUCGACAGCCCGGACUCCGGGUUGCCCCCGAGCCCGAGCCCCAGCGCCUGGCUGCUGCAGCCCGUGUGCGCGUACAAACCCGGGGGCGUGAGCCCGGUGUCCGAGGACGAGGGGAGGGGGUCUCUGGUUCCAGUUUUACCCUGCGGGUCUCUGCAGCAGCUGCAGCCUCUGUCCUACGGGGAAGGCAUAGCACUUGAUCCGCUACCGUCCAAGGAAAUAAGAUUUACCUCAUCCGUGCACUACGACUCGGACCGCCACUUCAUCCAGGGCGUGGCCCUGCGGCCUGUGGGCCAGGGCCUCGAACACUGCCGGCAGACCGUGGUGGCCGUGCCCCACAGCACCUGGCGCCACUACAAGACACAGCUGGAUUUCCAGCCUCGCCAUCGGCCCCAGUGCUUCAAGAGCACCACCAUUGUCUACCCCAAGAAAACCAGCGCCCUCUACGCCACGGAGCUGAGCUACGACUGCCGCAGACUGUCCAAGCGCUUCACCUCCAGCGUGGAGAUGGAGACGACCGCUCGCAGGGAGAUACCUCAGUGAGGGAGCGGAGACAGGUGGCUGGAGACUCGCCGCCCCCUUUACUGUAGCGCGCCCCCCCCCCCCUGCUGUGUUGUCCUUGUGUAGUUGUGUAGCCUGUUUUUCCUUUUUAAAGUAGCCUUUCCAAGCUGUGGACAGGAAGUGCUGUGGCGUCAUGGAUGUCAGUUGGAUUGGACUCUUGACUUUGCUGCUUGGUGGUUUCCAGAUUUUAUUUAGUUUAUUUUAUUAUUUUUCUCACUUUUUCAAAUGUUUUUUACAAGCUGUAUAAUUGAUUUCAUUAUGCAUAGUUGUUCUCUUGUCACAUGGAUUUCUUCGAGUAUGCCAACUGAUUGUUUUUUAAAUUUAAACAAUGAGGCCUGUCUCAGUUAAAAUGAUAUGUAUCCCAUUAUAGAAUAAAAUAUAUAUAUUUUUUAAACUGCUAUCUCCGUAUGUGGUUCAAAGCUACUCGUCUAGCGCAGAGGAAGGACAAAUGUAAUGUAUAAGUUUGCCUGGACGUUAAGAAAUCCCUCCAUUACCCCACGGUGCACAAAAGGAUGUGGUGAAAAUACUGAACACGUGUUUGUUCACAGGGUAUUGUGUGUUUCUGCACGACAUAAGCUAAGCUCUUUCUCACCACUGGCUGUGGCUGCGAUUCUUGAUGUAUUAUGAAAAUGGUGGUAAAUCAAGUAGGCUUUACUGUUGAUUGGGAUGUGUAAGCGUAAAACAAACUAAUUAGAUUGCAUAGAGGGAUGAGUGUGGAGUUUACUGAAAAGUGGAUAUUGUUUUUGAUAUCAAUCACUGGCUUGGUAGUGAAAAUAAACUGCAUUCCACUGCCACUUCUUUUGUUGGCAUCACUUGGGAUUGAAUUUGUAUUUAUUCUGUUGGAGUUUCAGGAUUUUAUCAGCUAUUUACUGCGUCGCUCUAAAGUCACCCACGGGAUGAUUUUGUGAUGCCCUUCGUGCCUUAUUGAUGUGGCUUGUGAUUGGUCUUUUUGAUGUCACUUCUAUUAAAAUUUGAAAGGAUCUUUUCAUUAGUGCAACAAUUUUGUAUUUUUAAAAGUAAAUAUUUCUUUUUUUUUUAAAUAACAGUGAUAAUAACUUUGUCCAAAAAAUGACCAACAUACUCCUGUCACUACUGGUAUAUUGUGUGUAAAAUAAACUGUUCACAUGGUU